CAAUCUUCAAAUAAAUAUUUUUCGCUCUUAUUAUAAUUGAUUUAAAACCAAAGAAAACGUAGUUAUCAAAAUUUGCUAAAAAAAUUGUUUUAAUACACUAACAUUCCCUUUAUUGAUUUUUAAUUUUUUUAUUAAGUGCCCUUAAUGAGUUCUUUAAUUGUUAAAUGUUAAAUCUUGUAAAACUCCUAAAUUUAUAUGAAAACUUCGUAAUUUUGUUGUACCUUAAAUUGUAUACUGUUCACUGUUUACUGUUUUCCGUUUUCCAUUUUCCGUUUUCCGUUUUCUGUUUUCUGCUCUUUAAUAUUUAAUAUUUACUUUUUACUCUUUACUCCUUUUACCAUAUACUUUUUAAUCUUUACCAUUGACAUUUACCAAAUAAGCUUUCUUAUUACUUUUAUAUUAUAUUUUCCUAAAAAAUCUAAAUCAUUUUUAUUUUGUUCAAAUUAAUCAGCGAUAAUCUGUAACCUAAAUACCAUUUAUUGUAUUUAUAAUUGUUUGUAUUUUUAAAACAUCAUACAGUGAGACCCAUAAAGCUGUGAUCUAGAGAGACGACUGUUAGACUCAAGUUAUGGUUUUAAUUGGCCCAUGGACAUGAAAGUAUUGCAAUAGGGCAAUUGUGCAGUGUACACUUUGCAAGUUAAUUAUCAAGCUGAAGGUAAAACUAUUAGCGUUUUAACAACAUCUUAUACAAUCUUAGAAUAUGUGAGUAUCGUCUUCUCUCAGUUUUAUAGGUCUUAAUGUACUUAAUUUAUUUCAGAUAGUUUAGAUAGUAGUGCUUAUAGUGUGAAGUAGUGAGUGUUAUAUUAGUGUAAAUAUAAUGUCUUCAAUGUAUGGAGGAGUACCUGGGGGUGGAGGAGGAGUACCUGGGGGUGGAGUACCUGGUUUCCAAUCUGGAGUCUCGAGUACUCCCUCCUCUACUGUAGAACUAUCCCUGAGUUGUUCCAAUCUACGAAAUGCAGAUUUCUUCUCUAAAUCCGAUCCCUUUGUUGUGAUUCAAAUCAAGGUUCCCAAAUCUCAAACUUGGACGGAGAUAUUCAGAUCAGAAACUAUCCAGGACACUCUCAACCCUAUUUGGCAGAAGAAGAUAGUUAUGGAGUACAGAUUUGAGGAACGUCAGUUUCUAAAAUUUCUUGUAUUCGACCGAGAUUCUCCAUCAAAUAACUUGCAGGAUGAGAAUCUUCAAGUUAAUCUGGAAACUGAUCCUCAGCAAGUCCAGGGUUCGCCUUCCCAGGACUUGAUUAAGGAACAUGAUUUCUUGGGAAGCCUGGAGACAACUUUGGGUGAGAUUGUAGCCAAACAGAGUUCAGGAUAUACGAAACUGUUAACAGACGGAGGAAAUGGUACAAUUAGUAUUGUCGCAGAGGAGAUGAUGUCAUGUAAAGAAGAAAUAAUUUUGAAACUUGGUGCCAAAAAGUUAAAAUCAAUGAACUGGUUUCUCGGGAAGAGUGAUCCAUUCUUAGAAAUAUCUAGAUGCACGGAGAACAACACCUAUAUACUUGUUCACAGAACUGAAGUUAUCAAGAAAACAUUGAAUCCAAACUGGAAAUCUUUUCAAUUAAAGGUUGGAACCCUGUGUAAUGGUGAUUAUGAGAGAGACCUGAAGGUUGAUAUCUAUGACUGGGAGAGCUCAGGAACUCAUCAGUAUAUGGGAACAUUCCAUACUAACCUUAGAAAAUUGUCUGAAGGGCCCGGAUCAAGUAAUAUUUAUGAUGUUGUCAGCAAGAAAGGGAAGAAGGAUGGUACAGUAGAAGUACAGGAAGCUAGGAUAGAGAUUGUUCCAACAUUUCUAGAUUAUAUAAAGGGAGGAUUACAGCUAAACUUCACUGUUGCAGUUGAUUUCACAGCUUCUAAUGGGAAUCCAUCUGAUCCCAGAUCCCUUCAUUACAGGGAUCCAUCUGGCCGCCCUAAUCAGUAUAUAACAGCAAUUCAAUCCGUAGGAGAAAUAAUUCAGGUUUUUAUUAUUAUUAUAAGAAAGAACUCUUCUCCUCCCAUACGGUUGUCGCUUUUCGUCUCCCAUGAGUUUUACCUGAACUUGAGUACAAGUCCGUACUGCUCUGGGGUCGAUGGAAUUCUCGCCGCCUACUUCAACGCCCUCUAUAAUGUACAACUAUACGGACCAACUAAUUUCGCGCCAGUUAUCCGUCACGUGACAAACUUUGCGCAGGCGCAUCAACAUGAUAAUAUUAAUUAUUUUGUUCUUCUUAUUAUAACAGAUGGUGUUAUAUCUGAUAUGGAUGAAACCAAAAGAGCAAUCAUUAACGCUUCCCGCCUUCCUCUUUCCAUCAUUAUAGUAGGAGUAGGUAAUGAAGAUUUCUCCAGUAUGGAUGAAUUGGACAGUGAUGAGUCAUUAUUGGAGCUGGGAAACAUGAAAGCCGCGAGAGAUAUUGUACAAUUUGUUGAACUCCAGCGGUUUCUAUCUCCCGCAGCUCCUGGUUUACCCGGAGUAGGUUGGAGUAAAGAUCUCCUAGCUAGGGAGGUUUUAGCUGAACUACCUGAUCAAGUUGUCGGGUAUAUGAAGAGCAAAGGGGUUCAACCUGGACCACCAAGGGCAUCUGCCCCCGUGUAAGGGGUGCAACUUGGAAGUUCGCAUUCCGCACCCCCCCCCCCCCCCCCCACGAGCUAAUACAGUCUUUGUGAUCAACAAUACUGUCAAAGUACAAUCAAUCCCUUUUUUAACUUUGACUUUUGAGAGAAAAUUUUAACCAUGAAAUUUUAAAUCUUUUCUACAAAAAUCAAUUUAUUUCCCAUAAAAGAUUAAAUUCAUGAUGUUGAUAUAAAGACAAUCGAACCAAACCAAAUCAAUCUAAAUCAUAAUUCUCAUUCCUAUGGAAAUGGUUUACAUAAUUAGCAUUGCAGCUAAAUUAUAUCUCUUUACUCAUAAAGCUCGUAUAACCAUUUUCUUGCGCUAUCAUAAUAAUAUAGGACAAUUAUGACCCUUUUUAUCAAACUUUGUGAUUUUUCUAAUUUGUUCUGAAUUCAUUCCGUAUUUCCUCUUAAUAUUUUGCAUACAUUUAUACAAAUAUAUCGUCUUUGCUUACAAGGCAUCCACAAUCCUUCAUUUGGGGUUCCUAAACAUCCUAUCAUCAUUACUAUAAUUAUUAUUAUUAUUAUGUUGUAUGUAGUGCUACUGCUAACACAUGUCACCAGUGAUUGUUUAAGAUCUGAUGUUUGAACUUUUUUCUAUAAUUAAUAAUAUUAUCUAUAUAAUUGUAAUGUGUAUUGAUGGAAAACCGUGCCUUUUCCUUCUUGAAAAGUACAAAAAAAGUUGUUUGUCGAUAAAAUGCCUUAAAUAUCAAACAAUGCUGCAAAAAAAAAAUUUUAAUCACAAUAAAUCAAAUAAACACGGAUUUAAGAUUUUUGCAACAUCAAGAAUAUUACAAACUCAGUUAAAACAAUCAUUAUUAAAAAAAAAUCAACUUUAUUAUAUAUUUGUGUGCUAGUUAUAAAACUUUUAAAUUCUAUGCUUUAUAUUAUACAAUGUACAGGGUUACCCACAAAGACUACGAAAUAUAUAAUGUCUGUUUCCUUACAUUAGAUUCCCUGCUACUGUAAACUAGUUUCUUUCCUUGCCAAAUCAUUAAAUAAGCCAUUUAAAGACAAUAUUUAGGGCAGAAGAAAUAAAUUAACCUUGAAAUUGUCAUAUUUUUAGAGUCUCAUCCUUUGAGAGUAACUCUGUACAUUAUAUUUGACAUAGUAAACAUUCAUAUAUAGUUAACGAUCAAACAUACUAAAAAUGUUACCAAACCUUAAAAAAAAACUUGAGAACGAUGUUGAAAAGACGAAAAUUGGAAGGAAAAAUUUAACUGAGCACCCUCGUUAAAAAACGCUUUCCUAAAGCAAGAACGUUCCCAGCCCUAGUCGCAGCUGCCAUCUUCCUUGUUUGCAUUUUUUCUCAAAUUAUAUCCGAUUCUGUUUUUUUCUGAAACACACAAAUUCUGAAAAAAUUUGACAAUAUGUAGAAAGUAUAUACAGGGUUACCCAUGUCCCACAAAGGAUGCGACUUAAAAGACGACUGAACGGAAAUUUUUUAGUUUUUUUAUAAAUUCUAGGUUAAAUUCAGCUGCAUACUUGUUUUAAUAGUUUUCAAAUCAUUAAGACAAUAUUCAAGGCAGAGAGCCAAUAGAAUACAUGUUUUGGGCUCGAAUUUUUAACUUUUUUUUCAUAAUUCCCUUUAUAUCAACUUUUAUAAUAUUUGUUAAUUGUUGUUUAAAAUUACCCGUUUUAAAUGCUUCUAUUUAUGUCGUCUUCCACUGUUAAAAAUAUUUCAUAUAUUACCCUUGAUGUUUAUAAUUCUAAAUCAAAUAAACCUAUACAUGCA